CUUUUCUUCCACUGUUAUUUGCAUGACCCUAUUCCCCAACUAAUUCCAUUUCUAGUUCUUCCUCAUUCUGGUAAUGUCAGCACUUCGCUUUCCAAAGAUUCCUCCAUCUGAACCUCAAGGCUCAGACCUUCUGGCUUGGGAACGCGGUCGCGCUUCUUUUGAUGUCCACGAGCUGUCGACAUUUCUCUAUGGUGAAGCCUACUUAGAGCGACAAAAGCGUAUUCUUUCGCUUAUUGAACACGACCCAGCGUUUGACAAGUCACAACGAUACUUUCUUGGCCGUACUGAACGAUUUGCUGCCGCACUUCGCAAAGACCAUGCGUUAAUAAAGCUCGCUCAGAAGCAUCGAUGGGGACCAGAUGACUUAAGUCAGGCCGACUCGCUGAUCACAGAAGCUGGGCCUUUCGGUUUGCAUCGUGCUAUGUUCCUUCCAACAUUGCAAGCCCAGGCGAGUAAGGAACAAAUUGAAAAGUUUUUGAAGCCUGCAUUACGAUACGAGAUCAUUGGGUGUUACGCACAAACAGAGUUGGGUCAUGGAAGCAACGUGCAAGGAAUCGAGACCACGGCGACGUAUAUACCGGAGACAGAUGAGUUUGAAUUGCACACACCUUAUUUGACAGCAUGCAAAUGGUGGAUUGGUGGGUUGGGUAAAGCCGCGAACCAUGCAGUGGUGAUGGCCAGGCUUAUUAGUGCUGGUAAGGAUCAUGGACCUCAUCCGUUUGUGGUCCCCAUCCGAUCGAUGGAAGACCAUACUCUCCUCCCAGGUGUUAUGGCUGGCGAUAUUGGGCCUAAAUUGGGGUAUAACACAACCGACAAUGGCUGCAUGUGGUUCGAUCACUAUCGUAUCCCAAGGAUCUCGCUCUUGUCCAAGUACUCCAGCAUCAAGCCUGGAACCGGAGAGUACAUUAAACCACCCAAUUCCAAGCUCUCGUACGGAAGCAUGGUCCUCAUCCGUGCUUCUCUAGUUGGAGGAGCGCGCCAAGGUCUAGCCAAAGCCGUGACGAUUGCGGCACGGUAUUCUGCAAUCCGCCGUCAAUUCGUGGACAAGGACGUACCUAAAGUGAUCGAAGAUAGUAGUAGUCAUAAAAAGACAGUAGUCGAGACGCCUGUCCUGGAUUAUUCUACACAACAAUAUCGUAUCUUGCCAUUGAUCGCUACUUCAUAUGCGUUCUUUUUCACGAGCAAAGAAAUGAUGAGAUUAUAUAAUGUCAAUGUCCACAACAUGACCUCGGGCGAUUUUUCGUUGUUGGCGGACGUACAUGCGUCCAGCUCAGGGUUGAAAUCCCUGACGACCACCAUGGCGGCUGCAGGUAUCGAGGAGUGUAGGCGCUGCUGUGGUGGACAUGGAUUCUCGAGCUUCUCAGGUCUUCCACUGUUAUUGCAAGAUUAUGUACCAAAUGUUACGUGGGAAGGCGACAAUUACAUUCUCUCACAGCAGACAGGCCGCUAUCUCUUCAAGUCCUUCCGCGAGCUUGUAGCAAAACGUGCAUCUGGUGAACGGAAUACAGCAUUACAGAUCAACAAUCCGACACUGGCAUACAUGAAUGCCUAUCUUGAGAAUCCAUCACUUAAAUGUCCCGUGACCUCUGCUGUCCAAUUCCACAACCCAGAGAUCCAAUUGACUGCAUUUGGACACCGUGCAGCCCAUUUAGUUGCUCAGGUUGUGCACGCGUUGGAUGUUGAGAAACGAACCUGGAAUUCAAUGCUGGUCGAUAUUUAUAACGUCUCGACUGCUCAUUGUCAGUUCGUUCUAGUUCAAAACUUUAUCCUUGGGAUCAGGGGGGAGAUGCCUCAACCUAAUGGGGUCGUAGAUCCGACCGCCUCCUUGUCAAGCAGUGCUAAACAGGUCUUGACAAGGCUUUCGGACUUGUUUGCGUUGCACAUGAUCCACAAGGAGCCAGGUCAGUUCUUGGCUUCAGGAUACUUAGAAGCCAAGCAUCUUAAAUGGCUUGGAGAGGCGAUCAUGGAGCUUAUGGAAAAGAAGAUUCGUCCUGAUGCAGUUGCAUUGGUGGACGCAUUCGCGUUUCCGGACUACAUGCUCCAUAGCGCCAUUGGUGCAUAUGAUGGGAAAAUAUAUGAACGUUACACAGAGAUGGCAACACAUGAACCCUUAAACAAGACUGAGGUCGUUGCCGGUUAUGAACAGUAUAUCAAGCCCUUCACAAAUCCCAAGGGUUUGAAGGGCCACUUAGUGCAAUCUCGACUUUAGAUCAAGACAUUCUUAGGUUCAUGACACAAAUACAAAUUAUUAGCACACCAGGUUGUUGAGUAGAUGCAUAC